AUCGAAUCUAUUUCACAUACACUCCCGCAAAUAAUUCCACACAACAAAAACCUAAAGCACAACCAGCAAACAAAAUGUCCGCCGAAGAGACCCCAGCCCAUCCCGCUCCCGCACCGGCUCCYGAUGCCUACGUGGACGAAAACGGAAAUCCCUGCUCCAAGAAUGCUUACAAAAAGCGCAUGAAGGCGGAGGCCGCUGCCAARAAGAAGGCGGAGAAGGAAGCCGCUAAGGCCGCCAAGGCUGCGUUGCAACCGGCGAAGAAGAAAAAGGAAGAAGAAAUCACUGACCCCAACCAAUUUUUGGAGAAUCGCAGGAACGCCAUUGCGCAAAUGGAAAAGGAAGGCAUGAAUCCCUACCCCCACAAGUUCCAUGUCGAUUUCCGAAUCCCCGAUUUCAAUGCCGAAUUUGAAACCAAGACCACAGCYGGAGAGAAGAUAGAGGAUAAAGUCGUUUCAAUUGCGGGUCGCAUUGUUUCGGUCCGCCACCAAGGAAAGUUGUUCUUUUACGAUCUUAACGGAGACGGAGCAAAGGUUCAAAUCAUGAGUGAUCCGAAGACCUACGAGGACGAAGAGGAAUUUGCAAAAAUCCACAGAAUGCUCAAGCGAGGAGAUAUUGUUGGAGUGACUGGGUACCCGGGAAAGUCGAAGAACGGGCAGCUCUCUGUUUUUCCUAAGACAAUGAUUCUUUUGAGCCCCUGUCUCCACAUGGUCCCCUUUUCCAAGGGCGACUCUUGUCUGGGUGGUAUUACAAAUAUGGAAACCCGAUACCGCCAGAGGUACCUGGAUUUGAUUGUCAAUGAAGAGGUCCGUGACAUUUUCGAAAUCCGAGCAGGAAUCAUCACGGAAGUCCGCAAGUACCUCGACGACCGACACUUUUUGGAAGUCGAAACCCCCAUGAUGAACAUGAUUCCUGGGGGGGCGACCGCAAAGCCCUUUAUCACCUACCACAACGAUUUGAGYAUGGACUUGUACUUGCGAGUAGCACCCGAAUUGUACUUGAAGAUGUUGGUCGUCGGAGGCCUUGAUCGUGUCUACGAAAUCGGGCGACAGUUCCGAAACGAGGGAAUCGACUUGACCCACAAUCCAGAAUUUACCACCCUCGAGUUUUACCAGGCCUAUGCCGACUACAACGAUUUGAUGGACAUGUGUGAGGAACUUGUUUCCGGUCUCGUCAAGAAAAUCUGUGGAAGCUACAAGAUCAAAUACGCUCCAAAGCCGGGCAUGGACGAGGUCGAGAUCGACUUUACUCCCCCAUUUAAGAGAAUCAGCAUGAUCGAAGGUUUGGAAGAACGAAUGAACACAACAUUGCCAAAAAUGGACGACCCCGAAAUCGAAACCAAGCUUCUCGCACUCUUGAAGGAACACAACCUCGAAUGUACCCCGCCCCACACCACGGCCCGUUUAUUGGAUACCUUAGUCGGGGAAUUUUUGGAAGACAACAUCAUUCACCCUACUUUCAUUACCGAGCAUCCCCAGAUCAUGAGUCCUCUUGCGAAGUACCAUCGCUCCAAGAAUUUCUUGACGGAACGGUUUGAAUUGUUUGCUGCUGGAAGAGAGGUAUGUACUAUUUUUUGUUUCGAAAGAGCAUAUGUGGUGCGCUUUGCAGAUAACCGUCCUUUUGUGAUAUCUUGUCAUAUCUGAUUCGUUCUUCUUUUCUAUUUUUGUCGGCGUCGCAAACCAUAGUUGGCAAACGCCUACACCGAAUUGAACAACCCAGUYGUGCAGCGCGAGCUCUUCUUGGAGCAAGCCAAGGCGGGAAGUGCUGGAGACGACGAAGCUAUGGUGCUCGAUGAUUCUUUYGUCACUGCCUUGGAACACGGAUUACCUCCAACCGGUGGAUUCGGUUUGGGAAUCGAUCGCCUUACCAUGUUCCUAUCGAACAAGGCUAAUAUCAAGGAAGUUCUUCUAUUCCCUGCGAUGAAGCCUUCUGAUGAACAAAUGGCGUUGAUCGCUGCAAAUGCACCCAAGUCCGAUUCCGACUUUUCUUUGAUGGCAUUGAUGUCGUCUCUUUCUCUUGGUGUCGACGUCACCAGCGACGAUGCCCUCGACAAAUUGGACGAAACACUCAAUGGAAAGUCAUUUUUGAWGGGAACMGCACCCUCGAAGGACGAUGCCGAGCUUCUCGAGAAGGUGCUUAAGGCAGACGAGGCAGCCAUCGCCUCGCGAUCAAAUGUGGCCGCUUGGUGCAAGCUUCUGGGCAUGUUCACACCAGAAGUUCGUGCCACAUGGGAGUAGAUUCAUAAGGCAACGAUGAAUUACAUCAUGUAWUUCACGAAAGAAAUCAAUUGAUAUAGAUUGUCCGACAAAGAAUGCGAGUCCACACACCUCUGUUGCAGCGGACGUGAUAAUAUCAAGAAUUAUAAUGAGAUAUUUCUAUUGGAUUKUUUUUUUUYCUCGAUCAGGCAUUCUCCCAUGUUGAAUAUCCUAACAGUACGACGCGAUAUUUACUUGAAGAGAUAUAUCAUGAAAUAAACAUCAGGUCAAGCUGAAACAGAUGUCUAAAAUAAGGRUUUAACGGUGAAMUUCAAGGAAUUCAUAAUUCGUAGUUUAGGCUUGAAGAUUCUUGAUGUCCUCUUCGAGUUGACUGUACUUCGCAUUCACUGCUUCGUUUGUAACUGCUAUUCCGUCCAUAAGAGCCUCUUUGACACCAGCACUGAUAUCCUCCGGGGAGGCCGACUCAUACCAAUCUUCAUCGAAAUCAAAUUCUGAGACUUUGUAAUCGGGUUGGGGGUCCAUUGGGUUCUUGGACGGAGAAAACGUGCAAGUAGCAGUAACUUUUCCGUCGGCGCCCUUUCCCUCGAAGGUUUCCGCUGCAAGCUCUUGAUCGAGUUUAUUUUUCUUUUGUGCCAUUUCUUGUGCCUUCUUGAACAUCGCGAGUUGGUCCAUCAUGCCGCYUCCUGCUUUCUUUUCACCUCCUUCGCCACCACCUCCGAACAAACUCAAUUGGGUAGC